AUGGCUGCAGCUGUAUCCAACGCACAUCAUUCCUUACCCCAAGCAAGGCCCUCCUCGGCUGGCCAAAGCCACGCUGAUAUCCUCAAAGUUGUCCGGUCCGAUCAGCCCUUCAAAUCAGCAGCCAUAUCCCUCGUCUCUCUUCCCCCAGGAGCCAUCUUGGCUAAAAUCACCGAGGCAACUCUUGUCCCCUGCGCCACCUGGACCUCAUUCCAGACUGGCCGUGAUGAGCACAUGGAGUUCAACUCUGACAUUGUCUUUAUCAAUCACUCCUGCGAUCCUAACCUCGUGGUUGACACUACGCGCAUGGAGGUUCGCGUGGCGGAUGAUCGUCAUAUCGUCAAGGGUGACGAGCUGACUUGGUUCUAUCCAAGUGCGGAAUGGGAAAUGGCUCAGUCGUUUCCUUGUGAAUGUGGAACAGAGAGAUGCCUGGUUGCCAUUCGGGGAUCGCGUUACGUUGAGCCGGAGAAGCUGAAGGGGUACUUCUUGAACAAGCAUGUACGCGAGCUCAUGGAGGAGCAGAAUUCUAAGCAGUAA